AUGGUUGCCGUUGCUGUCCCUGCCACAGCGGCCCUUUCGGUCGGCGGUGCAUCUUUCCGUCCAAUUCCUGCCGAUCUGUCCACUCCAGUUCAACAGCGUCUUGCUUACGCUGGUCCAGACUCCAUGUCCGUGGGAUGGAACACUUAUGCAAGGCAAGAUCAAAGCUGUGUCACAUACGGGACAUCGAGCAGCAGUCUACCGUGGCAGGCUUGUUCUUCCAACUCGCAGACGUAUGCUACGUCCAGAACGUGGUACAACACCGUCACACUCACGGGACUGAAGCCUGCCACGACUUACUACUACAAGAUCGUCUCUGGCAACUCAAGCGUGGAGCACUUUGUCUCGCCUCGUACCGCCGGCGAUUUGACUCCGUUCAACAUGGACGUUGUCAUCGACCUUGGCGUAUACGGAGAAGACGGCUUUACGACCAAAAAAAGGGAUUCGAUUCCAACGAUCGACCCUGCUCUCGAACACUCCACCAUUGGCCGGCUUGUAACCACCAUCGACGACUACGAACUGGUCAUCCAUCCGGGAGACUUCGCCUAUGCCGACGAUUGGUAUCUCAAAACCAAGAACGCUUUGGAUGGCGAAGCUGCGUACGAAGCCAUCCUCGAAAACUUCUACGACCAACUCGCCCCUAUUGCAGGCAGGAAAGCAUACAUGGCAUCUCCUGGAAACCACGAAGCCGCUUGCCAAGAGAUCCCCAACACCAGCGGUCUUUGUCCCGAAGGUCAGAAGAACUUCACUGACUUCAUGGUCCGCUUCGGCAACAACAUGCCCGCCGGCUUUCCCUCCACCUCGAACAACAGCGAUGCUCAGGCCAAUGCUACAAGAGCAAAAACCCUCGCUGUCCCGCCAUUCUGGUACUCCUUCGAAUACGGCAUGGUGCACGUCGUCAUGUUCAAUACCGAGACCGACUUUCCCAACGCUCCCUCUGGGCAGGGCGGCAGUGCUGGUCUCAACGGUGGACCUUUCGGCGUUCCAGGUCAGCAACUCGCAUGGCUUGAAGCAGACCUCGCAUCCGUUGACCGAAGCAUCACGCCCUGGGUCGUCGCCGCUGGUCAUCGUCCUUGGUACUCUACCGGCGCCGAUCCACCAGACUUGAACAUCUGCGCUCCCUGCCAAGCUGCCUUCGAAGAUCUGUUCUACAAAUACGGAGUCGACAUCGGCGUCUUCGGGCAUGUCCACAACUCCCAACGAUUCCUACCAGUCUACAAUAACACCGCCGAUCCAGCUGGUAUGAACGACCCCAAAGCUCCAAUGUACAUCGUUGCUGGCGGUGCGGGAAAUAUCGAGGGCUUGUCGAGUGUUGGUAAGAAUUAUUCGACGAACGUCUUUGCGUAUGCGGAUGACUUCAGCUAUGCGGCGUUGAAGUUCAAGGAUGCACAGCAUCUGGGUGUGGGCUUUAUCAAUAGUCGGACGGGAGAGGUUGUCGAUAGCAGUACGCUGUACAAGGCGCACAUUACUUCGUUUGUGAGGCAGAGCUAG